AUGAAGAACAACACACUCACAGAUCAUGAACACUACCACCAUAGCACCAGAUUCCUUCACAAUCCUUCUUUCUCUUCAACCCUCCUUGACCAAAUCUACCGUUCCAUUGACCAAUCCGAACAACACAAUUACACAAAUACCCCCAAUCACAUGAACACCUUCUUCACACCAACAACUUCAAGAACAGAGAAGAACAAGAAACAGGAAACAUCAACAAGAAGCACGUCACGUGACUAUGACAAUGACGUCACGUGCUUCAGUUCCACGUCACUUUCCUCCGAUUCCAGCUCGUCCUCUUCUUCUUCCGCGGGAUUUUCAUCCUCCGACACGGAGUCAACAAGGCCGUCAAGGACGCGCUCGUCCUCAUCGUGCUUCUUGCCUCUGAGGCCGGUGAAGACCAGCGCGUCCUUGAGGGACGAGGAGAAAGGAGACGAUAAUCGUCGAAAGUUCCACAGCUUUCGCCACGAUUUCAAAACCGAAUUAGGCGCUCUAAUCGGCGGCGAUCGUGGCGAAGAUGAUUACGAAUCAUUGUCCAUGAAAUCCAAGUCAAGAGCGUUGAAGAUCUAUAACAAUCUCAAGAAGGUGAAGCAACCAAUUUCACCCGGUGCUAAGAUCACUAGCUUUCUCAACUCGAUCUUCGCUACUUCCAAGAAAACAAAGUGCACCAACCAUGACAUAAAGAAUAUUUAUCAGAAUCGAUUACAUGAAUCAAACGACAGUUAUAAGAACGUGGACAACGAUGCAAAAAAGCCAAAGUCAAUUCAAACUUCAUUGCCUUCUACUUGUUCAUUUUCGAGGUCUUGUUUGAGUAAAACUGGUCGGCUACAUAGACCAAACGACAUUCCAGAGGAAGAAAGAGAAGCCAAGUUAGUUCAAAAUUCAACACAUUCUUCUCUUUCUUCUUCUAAAUCUUGUUUGAGCAAGACUCUAACUUCCGAAAGGGAAAAGCUUCGCAACGGGGCGAAAAGAACGGUUCGAUUCUACCCCGUGAGCGUGAUUGUGGGUGAAGAAGGAAUCAAUAAUAAAGUUGCCACAAAAACAUGGAAGAAUAGCACCAACGUAGAGAAGAGCAAGGUGGUGAAAGAAGCUGCAAGGGAGUUCUUGGAAGAGUACCACAAGAACAAGAACAAGAACAAUUUGAACUCUGUUUCUAUAUGCGCUAGUUCACAAUAUUAG